GAGGAGCUCAGAGCAUCAUGGGGCCCCCAGUAGUCUAGAAUAACUAAGGGAUCUGGAUCACCUGAGCCUCCUGAACUGAGCUGCUCGAACCAACGAUACUAGGACCACAAACAAAACAAAACUUUUGGCAGCUUGGUUAUUUUUGUGGAGGGACCACAGGAGUUGUGUCGGGUCGGUCUGGUUUAUUUCAGUCUCCAGUGUCCUCAGCAGGACGGAGAAGGAUGAGAAAGUUUAUUUAUCAUUUUAUGCUUUGUUUCAUUUGCCUCUUUUUCCUGAUCAGAUGUUUACGCUCCACAGCACCUUGGCUUCAGGUGUAAUACCACAGCUAUGCUGUAGCCAUUGUAGACUAGCAGUCACCCAUGUAAAGACAGUCAUUGUACCACAAGUCCCUUUGCAAUUGGUACAUACAGUCCACUAAAACAGUUGAUCCUGUGUGGAAUCUUAAUGCUUCACAGCCUGAUGGCGCCGCACCGUUUAAACGCCCACACCCUGGUUCAUGAUCCAGGCAGCAAGAUGUUUUCCCAUGUUAAUCUGACAUGGGGUUGGGCCUGGCAGGAGUAUACUAAUCCACCCGAGUGCUGCUGCCGGUGUGGUUUCACUGUCCGCACACCUGCCACUGUGAGAGACAACGAGAUGGCAGCGGAGAAUAAAGACCCCGUCUUUAAGGAUGUGGACCUCCAGAGUAAGACCAACAACACUGAACACCACACCAGUGUAAUCUCAGUGGCUCAGCUGAUCGUGAGGCGAGGACAGCCCUUCACUGUGACCCUUCAGCUCACACAGCCGUUCAAUCCUGGUCUCCACCCACUCACCAUUGUCGCAGUGACUGGAUCAGCUCCGUCUGAGGACCGAGGCACAAAGUCAUCCUUUGGAAUUCCAGACGAUGUGAAGCGUUCACCAUCUGCAAAGACCUUAUGGAAGAUAGAGCUUGGCAGGAGCUCCUCUCCACAAACAGGCAUCUUGACCCUGACCAUCACCCCCCCAGCCAACACCCCCAUAGGAGAGUACACCCUGUCUGUAAGACACAGGGACAAGGAGAUGUUGCUGCCGACACUAGUGGUGCUCUUUAACCCCUGGUGUCCUGAUGACUGGGUGUUUCUGCCUGAUGAGAAGGAGAGACAAGAGUAUGUGAUGAGUGAAAAAGGAAUCAUCUACAAAGGAAGUGGACAAUACAUCUCUCCCAUGAACUGGGAUUUUGGACAGUUUGAGAACAACACAGUGAACAUUUGUAUGAAGAUACUGGACCUCAACCACAAACACCUGAAAGAUCCAGCUGACGAUGUCUCUGCUCGUUGUAACCCCAUCUACGUCAGCCGCGUGAUCAGCGCCAUGAUUAACUGUGAAGAUGACAAUGGUGUUUUGGAGGGAAACUGGGGAAAUUCAUUCUGGGGCGGGGUCACACCAUCUCAAUGGAACGGCAGCUACGCCAUCCUGAAGCAGUGGUUCGACAUUGGCUGCCACCCGGUCAAGUUUGGACAGUGCUGGGUGUUUGCUGGUGUGAUGUGUUCAGUGAUGCGUUUGCUGGGCAUCCCCUGCCGGGUGGUGACCAACUUCCAGUCAGCCCACGACACCAACGGUAAUCUAACUAUCGAUGUGUACCACUCAGACUAUGGUGUCAGAGAGAAAGAAUCCAGUGACAGUGUUUGGAACUUCCAUGUGUGGGUGGAGGGGUGGAUGAAGCGGCCAGACCUGACAAAAGAUGGCAAAUAUGAUGGCUGGCAGGUGCUGGAUCCAACUCCGCAGGAGAAGAGCGAUGGUGCUUACUGCUGCGGUCCAGCCCCAGUCAAAGCCAUCCUGAAUGGAGACACCAAAGUCAAAUAUGACGUCCCAUUUGUCUUUGCUGAGGUCAAUGCCGACCGUAUUGACUGGCUGAUAAAAGCCGACGGUUCAAAAGUGAAUAUCUUCAUUGACGCUGUGAGUGUCGGUCAGAAUAUAUCCACCAAGUCUGUGGGCUCCAACAAGAGGAUGAACAUCACCGACACCUACAAAUACAGGGAGGGAUCAGAGGAGGAGAGGGCUGCCUUUAAACGUGCUGUCGACAACAUCCCCUCCACAGCUGAGGAGAAUGAGGAGAAACCAGAGAAUGGAGAGAGGGAGGACAAAGUGAUAAUGCGAUAUGAAGAGGUGUCCAAACCGAUGAAUGGUCAGGAUGUGAGCCUGAAGCUGGUGCUGCACACUGAGGGCAGCGAUGCCAGGCUGCUGUCCAUCAACAUCAGCGUCCAGGCCAUGAUGUACAACGGCUCACCAGCUGUGACUAUCCAGAAUGAGGUGAAGGAGGAGGCUCUGCAGCCUGGGAAAGAUCUGUCCGUCCCUAUCCUGGUCCCUUUCUCAACCUAUUGGAAGCACAUGUUGCAGUGUAACAGCAUGAAGAUUUCAGCCUUGGUCACAGACAAACUCAGGCCUGAGUGCACAUACCUGGCUGUGGAUGAUGUUGUACUGAUGAACCCUCCCAUCUCCGUGACUGUUUCUGGUCAGACCAGAUUGAAUCGUGAGGCAAGUGGGGAAGUGGUUUUCAUGAACCCAGUCAACGAGACACUGAAGGACUGCAACCUGACUGUCACUGGAAGUGGACUACUAGAUGAAGAGAUUAAUGAAAAUCUUCCAGACCUGCGGCCAAACAACCGAGUACGUAUCAAGUUCUUCUUUGUUCCGUACAAGAGCGGAGAGAAGAUUCUCAUGGCCAACUUCACCUGCUCUGUCUUCAGAGACGUCAAGGGCAGCUGCACCAUCACUGUCAGAGAGUAGAUUCUCAGUGUUGCUGAGUAACCAUCAUGCUCUUUUACUCACAAACAACAUAUCAGAGAUGUUUGUUUUUUUCAUGUGAAGAAAUCCUUGAUGGUUUAAGAAAUCACUCUUUACAGGAUUAUACUUGUACAGCGCUUUUCUAUGCAUUGCAGCACACUCAGAGCUCUUUCACACUAUUUGGCC